AUGCUUAUUAAACUUAUUCUUAGUAUUAUUCGGCAGGCACUUACUAAAAAUGAUAAUAAAAAAGUUGUUUGGGUUGCUCCGUUAAAAAAGCUUUCAACAUUUAGAUCAAUGGCUGUUGUUGUGUUGGCAACAGUUGUUAUUGUUGGAGUAGUAGUUACAGUGACAAUUGUAAGGUUCCUUGUAUUCAUUAUUCUUCAAUAA